UCAUCCACAGACAGGACAAUUGGUGUUGACAUGGUGAAAUUCCUCUGAGUGUUUUUAUUUUGUCUUUUGGAGAAAGGGGAACAGAGAGGAGAGUUUGAGUUUGGUUCUCAGUAGAGCUGGAACUCAGAGAGAGAGAGGAGAGGAGGACACCGGCCAACGCUCUCGGGCUCACGGAUUCACCGCCUCAGCUGAUGUGAUCAUUAACUCAGUUUGGCACAGUCUAAUCGGAGCGCAGCCUGUCUCUCAGUUUGCUCUGAACGGGGAGGAGGACAGCUUCAGUGGGCCUGGACGACAACCCUGGAGGGAUUUCUCCCAGCUCUUCUCCAUCUGCGUCUGUCCUACUUCAGUCCAGGUGUCCGUCCAGCGCCAAACACGCCAAAAUGAGAUUACAGAACCUCCUCUACAUCUUUCUGCUCAUCAUAAUGAGCCUCCUACUGGUCAAGGGGCAGAGGCCAGACUUCCUGAGCCUGAGGAGAAAGUACCACAGACACCACUGCCUGCAUAGGAGAUGCAUGCCUCUGCACUCCCGAGUGCCGUUCCCCUGAGCUGAAUACAACCCCGAAGAGACAGCGGGAAGACAAAGAGAACUCUGGGGCGUGGCAGGGACCUCCCAACAAUGGCUUUCACUCAAGUCCUCGGCUGUUGUCCAGGGGAAGGGGAAGAGGAGGCCGGACCCAGGCUUCAUCGACCCCUGUCACACAGUGUAUCUCACUCUUCGAUUUCAAAGGAAAGCCAGCCGUGCCAAAAAAGAACAAAAAAAAACCUUCAGAAUGUUAUUUUAUAAACUGCAAAGGACUCUCUCAAGCACGAUGAUGGAGCCGUGUCUAAGGCAUCUCGCUCUGUACACUUUAAUAUAAGCUAUUUAAUGUAGCCUAUGUAUUAUGGAAACAUACAUGCAACAUACAUAACAAAUUUGACAAUGUAUAUAUCAAUAAUGUAUAUUAUUCAAUUUUGACCAUUGUGAUUGCUUACAUCACAAGCCAUUUUUGUAUAUCAUUCCCAGCCAUUAAAUGUAUUACGUCACUGUGGAAUAUGCAAAAAAAUAUAUAUAUAUGGAUAUAUGCUAAACUCCAGUGGCUGUAAAGUUUAUAUUCAUACCUUUCUCUGUGUGGCACAUUUAUGUCCAACAUAAAGCGUAUCGUGAUGGUAUGAAGGGAAUGGUUAUAUGGUGGUUGUGAUGGAGAA